AUGCCAGGCAAGCCUGCCUUCCAUGCUCCCUCCACCAUCGUCCUCCUCGGGGAGCUAACACAGCUGCUUGGACCCGCCGGCCGUCAGGACCUGCCACCGACUCACCCUCUACGGCUACGCCGCCGCCGCCUCCUCGGCCUUCGCCGCCUCCGCCUCCGGGGUCCCGGCCGGAAGUGGACAGCGCGCGGGCACUUCCGCUUCCGGCAACGGCGCCGGAAGCACGGGUCCGGGCCCUCCCGCGGGGCGGGUACUCGUCUCCCGGCCGAGCGACUUCAGCUUGGGGAACUGCCCCAUGGCCGCUCCCCAGCAGGACAGGGUAACCGCCGGAGUGGGGGGCUCCUUGUCCGUCCCAGCCCCCCCAACUCAGGCCCUCUCGCUGCCCCUGGCGACCACCGCGUGCGCCCUUCCCCAGGGCGGGCGCAGUCCUGGACGCCUCCGCCGAGCGUGACUGCCUGCAUUUUCUCUCCUUUCCCUUCCCAACCUCCGGAGAGAAGACAGCCCCAGAGCCGCUGUCUCCAUCCUCUGCUGAUGCCUGAUGUCUUUAUGUUGGCCUCGUCGUCCGCACUGCAGUGUGGCAGGGGCGUCCCUUGUUUCCUGCGGACUGAGGUGGGCGCCGGGCAUUUAGUAAACGAAGAAACCAAAACGGAGAAGGUUGGGAAUCAAACGUCUGUCAUACCUGCCACCAGCAGACAAGCGGCUUUGGGUACCUCCUGGACCCAAACACGAACUCAGCCCCUCCAGGAGCGCAGUCAUGGGCACCCACGUGGGAACAAUGCCAGUGGGAUGGGUGGCCACCGGAUGUUUCCGGGGCCCCUCAGAGGCCCAGCAGCGCAGGUCUUGGAGAAUGAAUGUGGGUCACUGGGCCGCGCUGCAGAGGGCCGGUCCUGAGUUGCUGCCUGGAGGAGAGGCCCAUGGCCAGCACUUGGCUUCACCUGGAGGAAGCAGCACGUGCUAAACCACGAGCGUUCAGGGUUUGUCUGUUUGAUAAAGGAUGCUGGCUUUGACA